GGCUCGUUUCCACGUGACAUUGAGCGGAGAAAGCAACCUCUUAUUCCACAACAGACGGUAGGAAAACUGUCGAUCUGUGAGAACGGGAUUUCUGCCGGUGGCCUGGCUUCUCCGUCAAGCACGUGGAUUUAUCGCUUGACGGGUCCCUUUAUCACUAUUCGAUUAUUUUAAAACACUUCAACUCUAUUUUCUUCAUGUAUAUAAUCCGGUGAAAUGCAUCGUUCGAUGAAAAUUAAUUCAUCGCAAAUCGAUUUUUAAAUUUUAAAACAUUUAUUUUUAAAAAACAGAGAUAGAGCGAAACAAGAAAAAGUGGUGACUGUCGCCACACUUCAUGAAUCGCCAAGCCAUGGAAGUAAUCGUCGCUAUCCUAUUAUCAGUUCUAGUUUGCGAAGUAUCAGGUACCAGGCUGACCAACAGUUACAUAACGGAAUGGGGUAUCAGCAGCAGACUUACCCAACCUUCUUGUGUUGACAUCCCAGAAAACUUGACCCUGUGCCAUGGUAUCGGAUACACGCAAAUGCGACUGCCCAAUUUGUUGGACCAUGACACCAUGGCCGAAGUGUCGCAGCAGUCCUCUUCGUGGGUGCCGCUCUUCAAUCUCAAGUGCCACUCGGACACUCAACUCUUUCUAUGUUCAUUGUUCUCACCUGUGUGUUUGGACAGACCAAUCUAUCCAUGCCGGUCACUGUGUGAAGCCGUUAGGCAAGGAUGUGAAAGUCGUAUGCAGGCCUAUGGCUUUCCAUGGCCGGACAUGGUUAAAUGUGACAAAUUCCCUGUGGACAAUGAUAUGUGCAUAUCUGUUCAAGCCAAUGCCAAUACAGGUGAGUCAAAAUAAAUGUAUAUAGUUUCA